UAAAAAAGCAGAACUAAAGGUAGCCAAAAGCGUUGAUAGAAAGAUAAACAUGAAGGAGAAGUUGCUAAACUCUAUGAAUAAUAAAUUUACUAAUCUGAAUUUUUCAUUCAAAGAAAGAAUUAACAACCACUUCAUCCAACAUCUUCAGAAUAAUAAAUAAUUCGAAGCUGAAGGUUGACUCAAUUGCUUCUAAAAAUAUGAAAAAUAACGGGAAUACUAAGAUUGGCCUUCAGAAUAUUUUAAAGUCAUACCUUGGAAUAUCAGAAUCUCAGAACAAAGAUCUCAAAAAUCUGUCGAAAUAAAAUAUUCCCUCCUGAUGCUUUUGAGUAUGAGGAAUUGGAAGAUAUCACAAAUGCAAAUGACCAGUCUAGCAGAAUCGAUGUCGAUUCUAAAGUUCAAGAAUUAUUACAAAAAUAUUCAAAAGGAGAAGAAGGCCAGCCUAAGUAUAAGAUUCAAGGAGACCAGUUGGAGGCUUGCAUUGGAUAUGGAGAGAAUAAGAUGCUAAGCAAAGAGUUAAAACAAGCCAUGAUUGACAUAGAUAAGAUUAGAAAAGAAAUUGAAAGUACAGAAGAGCCUUCUCAUAGUAAAUGAAACGAAGAUUUACAGUUCUCCAAUAGCUUAGAAGAAGAAAAACAAGAGAGUUCUGAAGAUGGAUCCCCAAUGCUUGAUGAAACCACUCAGGAAAAAUUAAUUAAUCUUGGACAAAGCUUAGAUUCAAAAUAAAUUAACAGAAGCAAUGGGGUUCAUAGACUUACGAAUGCUUUUGAAAUGAUAUGCCAAAGCUAUUUCCAAACACAUUGAAUUCUCUAAGGGAUAUCUCUUUUUAACAGAUAAAACCAAAUCUGCUACAUUUCAGAAAGAAAGGAUGCAGUUUACUUAUGAUUUAAAGAAUAUGAAGAUAGAUCUUAGCCAAGCAAGAAAGAAUGUCUUGAAUAAACUUAAAAAUAAGGAAGGAGUCAAUGACCGUCCAAAGGAUAAAAGAAGUAUUGAAGAACUUGCAAAAAUGAAUCUCACUAUCCAAGAUUCUGAAUUUCUGGAAACUAUUCCUAAUGAAAAGGAAAAUACGAAAACUAUUGCAAGAAAUGCAAAAAUGGAUAAACAAAAGGCAUCAUCAGAAAUAAUUCAAACAUAUGAGAAAUCUGAGUCUUUCAAAACUCAUAAUGAGAAGAAUGGAGAUACUUUAAUUUCAUCUUUCCUCACUGUAUGAGAAGGCAAAGGGAAUGUUAACUGUGCAGUAAGUAGUGCAUUCGAGUCUUCUCUACAGUACUCCAACACAGGGGUAACUUGUAAAAAUGCAACUUCGAGAAUCCCUAUGGAAAUUAUCAAAAGCGAAGAAGGAAAUACUGACUCACAUUCUGAUAUAAAGCCAGCCGAUCUAAGCGAUGAUCAAAACGAUAUCGAACGGUAUGAAGAAAUAGAUGUUAGAAAUGUUGGUUUUGAGCCAUCUGAAUCUUUAAAUAAACGGAAAAAGCAGAAAGCUUUACUCUCUCCUGAGCAAAUAGCACAAGCCCAUCAAGAGAGAGAAAAUGAAGCUUCAGAAAAAGAAAGUAUAGAAUGUCUCAUGAAAUGAAAGGAGUUGAUAGAAACUGGGCAUUUUACAAUUGACGAUUUUAAGGAGAAUGAAGAAAGCAAAGACUUCUCUGAAGGCUAUAAAAUAUUAAAUGAGAUGACAGAAAAAGGGCUGAAAAAUAACCUUGAAAAUCAACUACUAAAGUGCCAUCAGAAUUAUAGUUUUGAUACUGAGAGCAUGAUGGAUCUUUCAAUGCCUAAUUCAUCACUUGCUUUGAAAGAGAUGUAUUCCAAUGAAAAACCUUCUCACGAAGAAAUCUAUUAUUACUGUAAAUAUAUUGUCCUCUCUUCAAGAAUGGAAAAAGAGAUACCCUUAGUCUCUCUUGCUUAUUUGGAAAGAUUAUGAUCCAAGACAGGAAUUCUCAUUAAUCAUUGGAACUGGAGAAAACUUAUGUUGAUAUCUCUCACCGUUGCAUCAAAAAUCUGGGAUGACGAAAGUUUAGAGAAUAUACACUUUCCUAAGGCAAUGCCAGAUGUGUCUCUAAAGGAAAUCAAUAACCUUGAGAAGCUAUUUCUCGACUUGAUUGAUUACGAUUUGAUGGUCAGAGGAGCUGAUUACGCAAAAUAUUACUUUAUCCUUCGUACGAUUAGUAAAGAAUUUGAAGAUCCAGAUUAUGUUCAGAUGGAUCCGAUCUCAGUUGAAGAUAUGCAGCUAUUGCAAAAGAAUAGUGAUAAAGCAGAGGAAAUCUUUAAAGAAAUUUAUAAAGGGCAAGAUUUCUUUGCUUCAAUUUAA